AAAGGUUUAGGAAAGCCCGCGAAGGAUGCGCCCCGCGGAAAUGGGAGAGCUAUUGAAGAACUCGAUCUUCUCUUCAGAUCAAUACCUUUGCUACGCUGAUAUUCUACCUCCUCUUCAGGUUCGAGCUCGGAUUGAAGUUGCAGUCCUUAAUUUCCUGAAGAAUCUGAACUCCUCGGUUCCAUCAGUAUCGGAUCUGCCUCUGAUUAGCAGGAAAAUGAGCAAUAGCAGAGUCAGGCGUGGAUUGCUAACUGAAAGCGCGAAUAUAUUUCUUUCGCAUUCGUUUUGCAUAAAAUCAUUGAUGAAUGAGAGCACGGGCAAUUCAUUUAUUAGAGUGUGGAAGGUGAUGGAAAUGUGUUAUCAAAUCCUAGCUCAAGAAAAGAGGGUAACUCAAAGGGAGCUAUUCUACAAACUGCUAUGUGGUUCAUCAAAAUAUUUUACUUCUCAAGCACAGGUCAACCGGAGCAUACAAGAUUUGGUGGCAUUGCUAAUGUGCAGCCGAUAUAGCCUUGGAAUCAUGGCGUCCAGCAGAGGAGCAGUAGUGGGUCGCCUGUUGCUGCAGGAACCAAACCAAGAUGUUGUGGACUGUUCUGCUUGUGGAUCUUCUGGUUACCCCAUUUCUGGAGACCUUAAUUUGCUUGAAAACUUGGUCAUGAAAAGUGACGCUAGAUACAUCAUUGUGGUGGAGAAGCAUGCAAUAUUUCAGCGGCUGGCUGAGGAUUGUGUGUUCAAUCAAAUUCCCUCCAUUCUCAUCACAGCCAAAGGGUAUCCAGAUAUUGGAACCAGGCUUCUUCUUCAUCGAAUGAGUCGAGAGUUCCCUGAACUCCCAAUCCUAGGCCUGGUUGAUUGGAACCCUGCUGGACUUGCAAUAUUGUGCACCUUUAAGCAUGGAAGUAUAACAAUGGGCCUGGAAGCAUACAGAUACGCUUGCAACAUCAAGUGGCUUGGAUUGCGUAAGGAUGACAUUGAGCAGCUCAUACCUGAAGAAUCUUUAAUUCCAUUGACGCCAAAAGACCAUCAAAUCGCCAAAAGCUUGGCUUCCUCAGAGAUCCUCCAGGACAACUAUAAGGAAGAGCUUGCCUUCAUGAUUGAAAGAGGUAGAGCAGAAAUUGAAGCUCUUUACAUUCAUGGAUAUGAUUAUUUAACCAAGUACAUAGGAAAGAAAAUCGUACAAGCCAAUUACAUAUGA